AUGAUUUUUAUACAUGCAGGAGAGGGUUGGAUGUUUUACGGAAACCAUUAUUACUUAAAUAUAAGAAGUAAUGCCACAUGGCAUAAUGCCAAGUUAGCAUGUGAAAAUAUAGGGGCUCACUUGGUUACAAUAGAAACGGAGGAAGAGAACACGUGGUUAACAGAAACGUUUGUGCCAGUCUGGGAUCACGCGGAAUGUAGCUCUUGGUGGCAUUGCUGUUCACACUGGAUAGGUGCGAACGAUAUUGAACAGGAGGGGAGAUUUGUCUGGACAGAAAACAACAAUAACGUCACUUCCUACUCCAACUGGUACCCAGGUGAACCAGAUGACAACUCAGGACAGCACUGUGUUGAUCUGUGUCGUCAUGGAUUUUGGGAAGAUGCCUCCUGUAAUAAAAUAACUUCAUAUAUUUGUGAAAUGGAUUAA